UUCUUCCUCCUCCUUUUUCUUCUUCACAGACACAGGAAGAGAGAGAGAGAGCUCAAUGGGUAAGACGUUGGUUCUGAGAUCGCUAUACCGCUCGCUUUGCUCCAGAUCUUACUAUGUGGCCGCUGUCAGCCACAAAUUUCUCCCCCACCAGCACCAGACUUCUCGAAGCCUCUUCAAUCUCUCAUCUCCAUCUCUCUCAGGCGCUCCGAACCGCCCCCUCUCUGGUUGCCUGUCUUCUCUUUCAAUGGGCUUAGGAAGCAAGCGGUUUUAUAGUGACGAUGUAAGUCACAUGCCAGCUGUAAAAGAUCCCGAGCUUUACAAUGCUUUCAAGGAUUUAAUGGCUAAUAGUUGGGAUGAGCUUCCCAACCAUGUCAUCCAUGAUGUGAAGGCAGCUUUGUCUAAAAGCACCGAUGACACAACUGGCAAAGAGGUCGUGGAAAAUGUUUUCCGUGCAGCUGAAGCAGUUGAGGAAUUUGGCGAUAUUCUUGUGAGUUUGAAGAUGGAAAUUGAUGACUCCAUUGGAUACAGUGGUGAGGAUGUAAAGCCCUUGUCAGAUGAGCUUAAGAAUGCACUUCAUACAGUUCACAAGCGCUACACUACUUAUUUGGAUGCAUUUGGGCCUGAUGAGACCUAUUUGCGGAAGAAAGUAGAGACAGAGUUGGGAACAAAGAUGAUACACUUAAAGAUGAGAUGCAGUGGCCUGGAUUCUGAGUGGGGAAAGGUUUCAGUUCUUGGAACUUCUGGACUCUCUGGGUCAUAUGUUGAGCAAAGAGCUUAGAACCAUAGUUUUUUGACAAGUUCGAUGUAAUUGGGAGCAUUGUGUUUAUAAUAAUGUUUUGCAAUAUCUGGAGACUGGCUGGUGUAGCCCCUCUUAAAAGCCUUAUGGUCGAGGUUCUAGGGCAGUUAAAUAAGAGUAAUCGAUGUCAAUUAAAACUGAGGAACAAUGCUGCAUCGUGUUUCUAAUAUUUUCUUCUGAGCUGAUUUCAUGAUGGUGUCAGUUCUGUUUCUUUCUAAAAAAAUGUCAGUUUGAUCUGUCCCAUUAUGCUUA